CGGAUGUGACGUCUGGACCGCGCGUUAAAUGGCAGCCUGCACAUUUGCCACGCUUGCCUUGUAAAAACCUGAUGUUUUUUUUUUUUUAAUUCUCAACGUAUUCGGAAAAAUCCUCUUAAACCAUGUCCGGGCGACACAACAACAAACUGCCCAACAACCUGCCGCAGCUGCAGAAUCUCAUUAAGAGAGACCCACAGUCGUACGUAGAGGAGUUCCAGCAGCAGUACCGACACUAUCAGUCCAAUGUACAGAUCUUCAAACUGCAGCCUGACAAGCCGAACAAGGAGCUGGCAGACCUCGUCAUGUUUCUUGCUCAGGUGGGUCACUGCUACCUGCAGCAGCUGUCCACCUUUCCACAAGAGCUGUCUCAGUUAUUGUUGAGUCACCACACAGUCCUAGAGCCAGACCUAAGAAUGACCUUCUGCAAAGCGCUGAUUCUUCUGAGGAAUAAAGAUCUGAUCGACCCCACUGGCCUCCUGGAGCUCUUCUUUGAGCUGCUGCGAUGUCACGACAAACUUCUUAGAAAGACUCUGUACACGCACAUUGUUGCAGAUAUCAAAAACAUCAAUGCUAAGCACAAAAACAACAAGGUUAACACAACGUUACAGAACUUCAUGUACACCAUGCUGAGAGACAGUAAUCCCAUCGCAGCAAAGAUCUCUUUAGAUAUAAUGGUGGAGCUAUACAAAAGGAACAUAUGGAAUGAUGCCAAAACUGUUAAUGUCAUUACAACAGCGUGUUUCUCCAAGGUGACGAGGAUCCUUGUUGCGGGUCUUAAAUUCUUUCUUGGCAAAGAUGAAGAUGAGAAAAAUGACAGCGAUUCAGAUUCCGAGGCGGAGGGACCAUCAGUCCGAGACCUGAAGGUGAGAUACUCCACUGGCAAGAAAACCACCAAAAACAAGAAGAAGAUGGAAAAGGCGAUGAAAGUCCUCAAGAAACACAAGAAAAAGAGAAAACCAGAGGUCUUCAAUUUCUCUGCUGUUCACCUAAUCCACGAUCCUCAAGAUUUCUCUGAGAAACUCUUGAAGCAGUUGGAAGACUCUAAAGAGCGCUUUGAGGUGAAGAUCAUGAUGAUGGAGCUCAUAUCCAGACUGGUUGGAAUCCAUGAGCUCUUCCUCUUCAAUUUUUAUCCCUUCGUCCAGAGGUUUCUACAGCCCCAUCAAAGAGAGGUGACAAAGAUUCUCCUGUGUGCCGCCCAGGCUUCCCAUCAACUCGUCCCGCCAGAGAUCAUUGAGCCCGUGAUCAUGACCAUCGCCAACAACUUUGUGACCGACAGGAACUCCGGCGAGGUCAUGACUGUUGGUAUCAAUGCCAUCAAGGAAGUGACCGCCCGCUGUCCGCUCGCCAUCACUGAAGACUUGCUGAAGGACCUGGCCCAGUACAAGACCCACAAAGACAAGAAUGUGAUGAUGUCUGCCAGAGGACUGAUCCAGCUGUUCAGGAGUCUUAACCCACAGAUGUUGCACAAGAGGGACAGGGGGAGACCCACAGAGGCUUCGGUAGAGGCCAAGAUCAAAGACUAUGGAGAGCUCGAGGCUAAAGACUACAUUCCUGGAGCUGAAGUCCUUGAGGUGGAAGUGGAGAACAAAGAGGGAGAGGAGGAUGGAGAUGGCUGGGAGAGUGCCAGUAUUAGUGAUGAUGAUGAAGACGGGGAGUGGGUGGACGUCCACCACUCUUCUGAUGAAGACACAGGAGAAGUGGCGGAGAAGCUUCAGAGUAUGCCGGCCGAGGAAAGAAAAGCCAAAGCGGCGGCGGUCAGCGGCAGCAGGCUCCUCACUCAAGAGGACUUCAAGAAGAUCCGUAUGGUCCAGUUGACCAAAGAGGUCAACUCUGCACCGGGCAAGGGCCAGAAGAGGAAGAUAGUGGACAGUGACGACGAGGGUGACAGCAGAGGGGAGGUGCUGACUUUGAGGAAUAUUGAGAAACUGCACAAGAAACCAAAAGCAGACAAGGAAACGCGCCUGGCAACAGCAAUGGCGGGACGAACCGACAGGAAGGACUUUGUCAAGAAACAUACCAAGCUGAACCCACAUGCCGGCACCAGCAACAGGGAGAAGAGGAAGACUAAGAACUUCAUGAUGAUGAGACACAGUCAGAAUGUCAGAACCAAAGGCAAACGCUCCUUCAGAGAGAAACAGAUUGCUCUACGGGAAGCACUCCUGAAGAAGAAGAAGCAGUACAAGUAGGAGGACGUGGACAUAAUGUUACAUUUGCCUCUCGAUGACCAUCCCAAACCCGAACUUCGACUGUGUAUAAUAAUAUUGUACAUCCUUCAAGUAGCCUGUAAAACUUGGUUAGUUUAUUAAUGUAUAAUCUUCAGAUGAAAUGCAUACAUUUACACUGUUCUGAAAUAAACUAUCUUUGAUAAUUGUG